AUGUCCGCGACGGAAAGCACCACUGCGCCCGACACAUGGUCCGCGGCCACGUAUAACAAAACCGCGGCGUUCGUCUACUCGCAGGCAUACACGUCCGCCGUGCUCGCGCUCCUCGCCGCGCAGCCCGGCGAACAAAUUCUCGACCUCGGCUGCGGGAGCGGCGAGGUCACCCGCGAGAUCGCGGCGCUCGUUGGCGACACAGGGCGCGUCGUCGGCACGGACAACAGCCAGAGCAUGAUCGAGCAGUGCCGGGCGAACGGCCUCGCGCACGUGUUCGUGAGCGACGCGCAGGACCUGCGCUUCCCGCCCGGGUGGACGGCGGGCCUGUGCGGCGGGUACGACGCGGUGUUCUCGAACGCCGCGCUGCACUGGUGCAAGCGUGCGCCCGCGGGCGUGCUCGCCGGCGCGCGGCGCGUCCUGAAGCCUGGCGGGCGCCUCGUCGUCGAGAUGGGCGGGUUCAUGAACGUCGUCGGGGUGCGCGCCGCGCUGCACCGCGUCCUGAGCGCGAGGGGCUACAGCCCCGCCGAGCGCGAUCCGUGGUACUUUCCCUCGACCGAGGACUACGCGGCUCUGCUGGAGGCCGCCGGUUUUGAGGUGCAGCAUAUCUCGCUGAACCCGCGGGUCACGCCCCUCCCUGGGCCGUUGACGGACUGGCUGCGCCUAUUUGCGCGCCCGUACUUUAUGGAGGGCUUGAGCGACGAGGAGGCCGAGGCGGUCAUGGCAGAGGUGCAGGAGAUGUGCAGGGUCGAUUGCUGCGACUCGCAGGGGAAGUGGUGCAUCAUGUACACCCGGCUGCGUGUGGCUGCUGUUCUCCCUGCUUGA